AUGAGAGUCUUUCAUAACUGUGUCAAGUAUAUCAACAAUUAUUUACCACUCACAAAUCACUGGUUGAUCUUGGCUGCGUCUAUUCCCGUGGCUUUAUCAACAGGCACGUUGUUUGUCUAUUCAGUUUAUGGAACACAAUUGGCAGAUAAAUGUCAACUUGAGGCUACUGAAGCAGCAAAUUUGAAUAUAAGUGCCACUAUAGGUAACUCUAUAGGUGGUAUUGUAUCUGGUUUCGUUACAGAUACGUAUGGUACUCAAUUACCUAUUUUGAUUAGUUGUUUUGCACUUGCCUUUGGAUAUAAAUGGAUUCAUUGGCAAUAUGAAUUGGGUCCAAAUAGUCAAGAUUGGCAAUUAUUAGCUGCUAUGUUUCUUAUAGGUGUUGGAUCAGUAUCUGGCUAUUUCAGUGCAAUAAAAGCAGUCACGGUUAAUUUCCCAAAUUUGAAAGCCACAGCUCAAAGCAUUACAGUUGCAUCAUUUGCCAUUUCAUCAUUGCUUUUCCUGUUUAUUUCAACCACGUUUUAUGAUGGAAAUGUUGAUGGAUUUCUUGAAUUUAUGUCUUAUGCUUGUGGAUUAUUGGUAUUUAUUGGGUUUAUAUUCAUUAGGGUUGAUGGUCAUAUUGAACAUGAACAUUUGGAUGUUUCUGAGACUGUUAAUGAACCAACUGAAGGUACAGCAUUGUUGAACGAUUUAGUCAACGAUGAUCCAAAUCAUAUAGAUAAUUUGAAAACCAUGAAUUUGAGAGAUACAUUAUCACAUAAGAUUUUCUGGUUUCAUUAUCUUAUAUUAGCUAUUGUUCAAGGGUUAGGGCAGAUGUAUAUUUACACCAUUGGAUUUAUUGUAAAGGCUAUUCAUUAUUACUAUAAGAAUCAAAUUCACGAGAGUUCCAUACCAUCAUUACAAUCACUUCAAGCACUUCAUGUGUCAAUCAUUGCCAUUGCUUCAUUUCUUGGAAGAUUAAGUUCAGGUCCAACAUCAGAUUUCUUGGUUCACAAAUUACAUAGUCAAAGACAUUGGGUAUUAAUAUUGGGGAUGAGUAUGAUGCUUUUAGGCCAUGCCAUGAAUAUCAUUGAUAUCUCUUCAAUUUCUUUGGAUUUACAUAGCGCCAAUAUUUACUUACUGGUAAUUUCCACUAUUAUUGGAUAUUCGUACGGUAUUAGUUUCACCAGUUAUCCAGCCAUCGUGUCAGAUAUAUUCAAUAUGAGAAAUUAUUCAUUGAUUUGGGGGAUAACUUGUUCUGCCGCUACAAUUGGAUUGACUGUAAUGACCAAAGUAUUUGGUUAUAUCUACGACGAGAACUCAACUACAUGGGAUGAUAAAUUGAAGGAUUAUAUUUGUUCAAAAGGUUCGGGCUGUUAUGGUGAAACUUUUGAGAUCACAUCUGGAUUAUGUGUUUUAGUUAUCAUACUUAUUUUAGGGUAUAUUCAUCAUAGAAGUAAAUAA